UGUUCCCUGGAGCCGCCUGAGGAGACCCGGCUCCCUCCCCCCCCACCUCCCUGCCGCCGCUGCCGCCGCCAUGGCUCACUCCCCCGUGCAGACGGGCCUGCCGGGGAUGCAGACUCUGAAGGCAGAUCCAGAAGAACUGUUUACAAAACUGGAGAAAAUUGGUAAGGGCUCUUUUGGUGAAGUUUUUAAAGGAAUUGACAAUCGGACUCAGAAAGUGGUUGCUAUAAAAAUUAUUGACCUAGAAGAAGCAGAAGAUGAAAUAGAAGACAUCCAACAAGAAAUCACAGUGCUGAGUCAGUGUGACAGUCCAUAUGUAACUAAAUAUUAUGGAUCCUAUUUAAAGGAUACAAAAUUAUGGAUAAUAAUGGAAUAUCUGGGUGGAGGCUCUGCCCUUGAUCUAUUAGAACCUGGCUCACUUGAUGAAACCCAGAUUGCUACAAUAUUGAGGGAGAUACUCAAAGGACUCGAUUACUUGCAUUCAGAAAAGAAAAUCCACAGAGAUAUUAAAGCUGCUAAUGUAUUGCUAUCUGAACAAGGAGAAGUAAAACUAGCAGAUUUUGGAGUAGCAGGACAACUAACAGAUACACAGAUAAAGAGGAAUACUUUUGUGGGAACACCAUUUUGGAUGGCACCUGAAGUAAUAAAGCAAUCGGCAUAUGAUUCAAAGGCAGAUAUCUGGUCAUUAGGCAUAACAGCCAUAGAACUUGCAAAAGGAGAGCCACCUCAUUCAGAAUUACAUCCAAUGAAGGUUUUGUUCCUCAUUCCUAAGAACAAUCCACCAACGCUGGAAGGAAACUUCAGUAAAUCCCUCAAAGAAUUUGUUGAGGCCUGCUUAAACAAGGACCCAAGCUUUAGACCUACUGCAAAAGAGCUCUUAAAACACAAGUUUAUUUUACGAAACUCAAAGAAAACCUCCUACCUGACUGACCUUAUUGAUAGGCACAAGAGAUGGAAGUCUGAACAAAGUCAUGACGAUUCCAGUUCUGAUGACUCAGAUAUUGAACCAGAUGGCCAGGCUUCAGGUGGGAGUGAUUCAGGAGAGUGGAUCUUUACAAUAAGAGAAAAAGACCCCAAGAAUCUAGAGAAUGGAGCAGCCCAGCCUUUGGAGUUGCAAAGAAAUAAGGAAAAGGAUAUCCCAAAGAGGCCUCUAUCCCAAUGCCUGUCUACAGUUAUAUCCCCUUUAUUUGCAGAGUUGAAAGAGAAGAGUGAAGUGUGUGGUGGUAACACAGAUUCCAUAGAAGAACUGAGAAAGGCUAUUUAUUUAGCUGAAGAGGCUUGUCCGGGCAUUGCAGAUAACAUGGUGUCACACCUUGUGCAGAGGCUUCAGAGAUAUUCACUAGCUGGAGGAAGCACUUCAUCCUACUGACGUGCUGUUCCUGACUUUUCUAAGACAACGGAGAUCCCACGGUGUCUGCAUUGAAGACGCGCACCCUAAUGUUGUUCUGCCCCUCAGUCACUGGAAUGUCCUUUGGUGGAAGGACAUUCCUAAAUGUGCAAGAGUGAAAAUGACGUCUCUCGGAUGGAGGCAGUCUUUUUCAGCUCCUUAAAGCUAUAAUUUUUUUUAAUGAUACUGCACAUAUUCCAGGGAGGUGUCUUUUUGUAAAAUCUGAAAUGUAUAUUUAGGUUUGUGAUAGAGAAAUUGAAGAUAUUGAGAAACCUCAGGUACCUUGCUUUAAGAAUUCCACUGGGAGAUGGAGUACGUUUGUUGGAAUUGUGUACAGAUGUGUAUAUAAUGUCUUUUUUUAACUGAAAGCCUUUCAACGUGCAUAAGGAAUCACUGUGUACAAAAUGGUAAAGUGCUUUUGUAGAUAAUGUUAGUGGGGUAAAUAUUUGACAGGCCAUAACUGAGUAUUGCCUUGCCUUUAUUACAUGUAAAUUUUGAAUUAUGUGAUAAGUGAAUCUUGGUUUGGUUUUUGUAUGUGAAGGAUUUGCCAUUGAAAGAGUUAAUCCUGUACUGUGGAACCUUCUAUUCGUACCUCAGCAAAGACACAAUUUUAUUCUGUUUCUCCAGUAUUUCUUCCUUUUUAUCUAUAUUCUGAGCGUGACUUUCUAAUUAUGGUACUACUUCUGGUUGUUUUAAAUUUAAUACUCCUUGUCUCUCAAAGCUUUAAAUUUAAAUUAUUGUUUUUCCUAAGGAAUGAGCUCUUUCAUAUUUUCAGUUUUAAAUUGUGCCAAUGCAAAUUCUGAACCCUAUGUAUUGUUCAAUUUUAGUAAUAGGUAUUUGUGAAGCCUGUAGUGAAAUUCAGAUACAAUCUUUUCUUCACCUGAACAUGUUUGAAUGCUCACACAAAUAAAUCUUUAUUACCUUCAUUUAUUCUGAAAUCUCAUGAAGAUGUUGGCUCUGAGACAGUGGCAAGUAUUUCUUCAUCAUGCCUAUUUUCAUCAUUAAAAUGAAUGUCUUGCAGUGUAAAAGAAAAAUUAUCCAUAGAUUCCAUAUUCAGUCUUGCUGCCUAAAUCUGUGCGUCUCCUUACCGAAAGUGAUAGACGUUAGACAGAAAGACUCCAAAGCUGAGCCUGAGUCUUGUAUGCUAUGUCCUAUUACUUGUCUCCCUAGAAAAAAGUUACUUCUUGAAAAUUCUGAAUUCUGAAAUUUCCACUGUUCCUGUCAGUGCUUCUAGAUAGCUGACUUAGGGUUUGAGAGUUCUUGGAAACAGUAACAUUAGUUACACACACAGCUGAUGAGGUGGCAUGGUUUUUUUCCACAGUAUUACUCUGAGGUUUACCUUGGUUUGUUUCACCAAGGCUGUAUUCAGGUGCUUCUUAUUCUGGUAGCUAAAAGAGCAUUUUUGCCUUGUUUUUAACGAAGGAAUUGAUGAUUUUAUGUUUUGCAUGACAGUAAGGUAACUUAUCUGUUUAAUUUAAAAAAAAAAAAAAAAAGAUAUGAGUUUUGGAACAGAAAGGAUUAAAAUUUUAAAAGUAUAGGCCUAUCUACCUGGCUUGGUACAAAAAGACCCAGGUUCUCUAACCAUUGUGGAAGCCGGUGAGGUCUCCUUGCAGGACUCAUAUCACCAUGGUAGCCCUUAUUCUAUGCAUAUUUAUAGCCUUAAUUAUUAAUUUAAUAAUUUAACAGUAAGAGGACCCUGUCGUGCUAACAAAGCUAUGAAAAUUCUCACCAGGUUGAAACAACAGUUGAAAGAAAUGGGUCUUGUAGCUGUUCUUAGGCACAACACGUUUGCCAGCAUAACGAGGUAAUGGUUUUACUUUACGGCUAAGUGAAUUUAAGGUAAAUUGAACAAUGCAUAAGUUUGAGCAAUGGUUUAUAACUCCUCUUCGAUUAAUAUCUUUAAAUAUGUUGGUUUGUGCGCUCUUAAACCUUAAGGAUAGGCUUACCCUUGAGGAAACAAAUUUAGCUCUGCUGUUGUGAAACGUGCAUCUGAAUACAGCGCAACGGGAAAUUUACCUGUUGACAUCUCAACAUCAGAACAUUCAGCCGUUCAAUAAAUACGCGCUGUUGCAGCAUAUGGAAAUGAACAGGUGUGUUUGCAUUUGCAAUACAAAUAGAUUAAUGAAAGCUUUUCCCCAGUCAUCUCUUAAUGUAAGGACUUGAAAUUAAAGCGAGCUUACUUGGAGAUGCACAGAACUCAGAUUUAGUGGGGAAGUUAAAUUUACGGUGCUGGCUGGAAACUCAAGAAUUUCUCAAUCAGAAAAUUAAAUGAAAUUCUAAGGUACGCUAUUCUUGAACAAUCAUUUAAAAAGUUAGACACACAUUUUUUUGAGUUGCAUUCUAGUUGCGUUCCAGGACUGUAUGUUGAGGAAAUACUUCCCUGAGUAGAUUGUGGCAGAAUUUGCUUGGUGAAUGUGUCCCUUGGUUUAGGAGCUUAAGAUGAGUCAGACCUACAGCAAGGGCAAUUGGCCAAAAGAAAAGAAAAAGACAAGACCUCAUUUAUGGUAGA